GGCCUCUAUCAACUUUAUGCUUUAGUCUUAUCUGAGAACCAGGAUAAAUCAUUUUGUGGGAAUUAGUUGCGCGUACACACCUGUAUGAGCUGUAUGCGUGUUUCUUCCAAUUAAUCGUGAAUUGCUGACGACCUGUUGAGACAAAAUGGGGAAAUGUUUAUUCAUAUUCUCAAUAUUGACGUGUUGUUUCAGUGUAUUUUUGAUGGUGGAAGUUGAACAGCUGACGCCGUACCAAGAAUUAGUAAAAUCAUACAUUCCCAAAUAUGCAAGAAAUGUGUUAGAAACUGGUAUAUCCUUUGCGAGGUCAAAACUUUUCUCCAGCGGAAAAUCAAAAACGUCUGAGAGAAUAUUUUCAAAAUCGGAAUUGACUCAAUACGUUGGAAAAGACGGAAGCGAUAUUUACCUGGCUGUUUUGGGAAAAGUAUACGAUGUGACAAAAGGAAGGAAACAUUAUGGCCCAGAUGGGGGCUAUCAUGGAUUUGCUGGUCGUGAUGGAACAAGAGCAUUCAUUACAGGAGAAUUCAAUGAAGAAGGACUAGUUGAAAGCAUCCAAGGUCUCAAACUUCCUGAUUUGCUCGGGCUUGAUGGAUGGCAGACCUUCUAUGGAAAAGAUUACAAAUGUAUAGGGAAGUUACAAGGAGAGUUCUAUGACUGGAAUGGCCAACCUACAGAGAACCUGAAGUAUUAUCAGGAACAGCUGCGCUUAGCAAAAGAGAGCCAGCUUAAAGCAGAGGCAGAGACCAAACGCUUCCCACCAUGCAAUUCCCAGUGGUCCCAGGAUACAGGGACAGUGCUGUGGUGCACCAAUCAGAGUGGCGGCAUUGGAAGAGACUGGGUGGGCGUUCCACGAGAGUUUCACGAACCAGGACGACAACACAUGAGAUGUGCUUGUGUCCGGACAACAGGUCCUCCUUCCGAUGACCCUGACCUUAAGGAUCAUAAAAACCGUGGCGACCUGGACAACCCUCGCUUCAAGGUUUAUGCUGAGUGUGAUCCGAAUUCCCACACUUGUGCCAUCGUCAGGUGAUGGGUAUGGACGGUGCUAGGGACCACAAUUUCAUAUGUUUUAUAUUCGGAUCUGGUUGGUUCAUUCUGAUACCAUGGUUACAAUCUGUUGCAACAAAGAUAUUUUUUGUUUUUUAAAUGAAACCAUCAAGCAUUGUAAAUAACAAAUUGAAAUCUUAUUAUUAAAAUCAUAUUGUCUGCUGUAU